AUGUCGGGAUAUCAACAAGGGGGUGGCCAUUACAAUGAUGGCUAUGGCCAUCAGGAGCAUGGCGACUCCUACUAUCAGGACGAUCAUGGUCAGGCAUACUACGACCAUGAGUACGGUGAUGGUUACUAUGAUCGAUCUGGUCAGUAUGGCGCGGACGGCAACAACCAUGGCAACAGCAACAACAACAACAACCACAAUAAUAACAACAAUUACCAGCAUGAUGGAGGAUACUACGAUGCCGCUCAACACCAUGACGACUACUAUGGCGACCAAUAUUAUGACCAAGGAAAUGGCCAGGAGGGCUAUGAAACCAGGGGAAGACGCAGAGGUGAUUCCGAAGAAGACUCGGAGACAUUCAGCGACUUCACCAUGAGAUCUGAAACCGCUCGUGCGGCAGACAUGGAUUACUAUGGCCGGGGCGACGAACGCUACAACAGCUACACCGACAGCCAGUACGGUGGACGCGGCUACGGAUACCGUCCACCUUCAUCUCAGAUCUCGUAUGGUGCCAACCGGUCUUCUGGGGCGUCGACCCCUGUGUAUGGCAUGGAUUACAGCAACGCACUCCCCGCUGGUCAACGGUCUCGGGAGCCAUAUCCCGCCUGGUCAUCUGAUGGGCAAGUCCCUGUUUCCAAAGAGGAGAUCGAGGACAUUUUCCUCGACCUCGUGAACAAGUUCGGUUUCCAACGGGACAGCAUGCGCAACAUGUACGAUCAUUUAAUGACGAUGCUGGACUCACGCGCCUCCCGAAUGACGCCAAACCAGGCCCUUUUGUCGCUGCAUGCGGAUUACAUCGGAGGCGACAAUGCUAACUACAGACGUUGGUAUUUCGCUGCUCAUCUGGAUCUGGAUGACGCCGUGGGCUUUGCCAACAUGAAGCUCGGCAAGGCAGAUCGCAAGACGAGGAAGGCGCGGAAGGCGGCUAAGAAAGCCGCGCAGCAAAACCCCGAAAAUGUAGAGGAGACACUGGAGGCACUCGAGGGGGACAACAGCCUCGAAGCUGCCGAGUACAGAUGGAAAACUCGGAUGAACCGGAUGUCUCAACAUGAUAGAGUUCGCCAACUGGCCCUUUAUCUGUUAUGCUGGGGUGAAGCCAACCAGGUCCGAUUCCUGCCCGAGUGUCUUUGCUUCAUUUUCAAGUGCGCCGAUGACUACUACGCCUCACCUGAUUGCCAAAACCGAGUAGAGCCUGUGGAAGAAGGUACAUACCUGAACGAUAUCAUCACGCCUCUCUACCAGUUCUGUCGUGAUCAGGGCUACGAGAUUGUCGAUGGAAAAUACGUCCGCCGGGAGCGUGAUCAUCAUCAAAUCAUUGGUUAUGACGAUAUGAACCAGCUGUUCUGGUACCCCGAAGGUAUCGAGCGGAUCGCUUUUGAGGACAAGGCUCGCCUGGUUGAUAUCCCGCCUGCCGAGAGGUGGUUGAAAUUGAAGGAUGUUGUCUGGAAGAAAGCUUUCUUCAAGACUUACAAGGAAACGAGAUCAUGGUUCCACUUGAUGACCAAUUUCAACCGUAUCUGGGUUAUCCACCUUGGUGCUUUCUGGUUCUUUACUGCUUACAACGCCCCCACACUUUACACCGACAACUACCAACAACAAAUGAACAACAAGCCCCCCGGUUACAGACAAUGGUCCGCUGUUGGUUUCGGUGGUGCCCUUGUGUCUUUCAUCCAGAUUUGUGCCACGAUAUGCGAAUGGAUGUAUGUACCUAGACGCUGGGCAGGUGCUCAGCAUCUCAGCAAGCGGCUAAUGUUCCUGCUCCUCGUCUUCAUCAUCAAUCUGGGUCCUGGUGUGUUCGUCUUCGCCUAUAAUAAGAGCAUGGGCAUCAGCGCGACGAUUCCUCUGAUUGUCGGUAUUAUCCACUUUUUUAUCGCUUUGGCUACAUUCCUCUUUUUCUCUGUCAUGCCACUUGGUGGACUCUUUGGCAGUUACCUGAAGAAGAAUGGACGUCAGUACGUGGCCAGCCAAACGUUCACCGCAAGCUUUCCCCGCCUCCAUGGAAACGAUAUGUGGAUGUCUUACGGUCUCUGGGUUUGCGUUUUCGGUGCCAAACUCGCGGAAUCGUACUUCUUCCUGACUCUGUCUAUCAAGGACCCUAUCCGGAUUCUUUCACCAAUGCAGAUCCACUGGUGUGCUGGUGUCAAGUACAUUCCUAACGUGCUUUGCCACGCUCAACCGCAAAUCCUCCUCGGUCUCAUGUUCGUCAUGGACUUGACUUUGUUCUUCCUGGAUAGUUACCUCUGGUACAUUAUCUGCAACACUGUCUUUUCAGUUGCGCGAUCUUUUUAUCUCGGUGUGUCGAUCUGGUCCCCAUGGAGAAACAUCUUCUCUCGGUUGCCCAAGCGUAUCUACUCCAAGGUUCUUGCCACUACCGACAUGGAAAUCAAGUACAAGCCUAAGGUCCUGAUCUCCCAAGUUUGGAAUGCUAUUAUCAUCUCGAUGUACCGCGAGCACUUGCUGGCCAUUGAUCACGUCCAGAAACUCCUCUACCACCAAGUUCCAUCUGAACAAGAGGGUAAGCGGACCCUGCGUGCGCCGACUUUCUUUGUCUCGCAGGAAGAUCAAUCGUUCAAGACCGAGUUCUUUCCCCCUGGCAGUGAAGCUGAGCGUCGUAUCUCUUUCUUCGCCCAAUCGCUUUCCACACCGAUGCCCGAGCCCCUUCCCGUUGACAACAUGCCCACAUUUACGGUUCUGGUUCCCCACUACAGUGAGAAGAUUCUCCUCUCUCUGCGUGAGAUUAUUCGUGAAGAUGAGCCUUACUCUCGCGUGACUCUGCUGGAAUACCUCAAGCAGCUUCACCCUCACGAGUGGGACUGCUUCGUCAAGGACACCAAGAUUCUGGCUGAUGAGACUUCUCAAUUCAAUGGUGAAAAUGAGAAGACCGAAAAAGAUGCCGCUAAGAGCAAGAUCGAUGAUCUUCCCUUCUACUGCAUUGGUUUCAAGUCCGCCGCUCCGGAAUACACUCUCCGUACUCGUAUCUGGUCUUCCCUGCGCUCUCAGACUCUUUACCGCACAGUUUCCGGCUUCAUGAACUACAGCCGGGCUAUCAAGCUCCUGUACCGCGUUGAGAACCCAGAGGUUGUUCAGAUGUUUGGCGGUAACUCGGAGAAGCUCGAACGUGAGCUCGAGAGAAUGGCCCGCCGCAAGUUCAAGAUUGUCGUCUCCAUGCAACGCUAUGCCAAGUUCAACAAAGAGGAGCGUGAGAACACCGAAUUCCUCCUUCGGGCGUAUCCUGAUCUUCAGAUUGCCUAUCUGGAUGAGGAACCCCCCGUCAACGAAGGUGACGAGCCCCGCCUGUACUCUGCGCUUAUUGAUGGACACUCCGAGCUACUCGAGAAUGGUAUGCGGAAGCCGAAGUUCAGGAUCCAGCUGUCUGGAAACCCAAUUCUGGGAGACGGAAAGUCUGACAACCAGAAUCACUCGAUCAUCUUCUAUCGUGGCGAGUACAUCCAGGUGAUCGACGCCAACCAGGACAACUAUCUCGAGGAGUGUCUCAAGAUCCGUAGUGUUCUUGCGGAGUUCGAAGAAUUGACCACCGACAAUGUCUCGCCUUACACGCCCGGCAUCCCGUCCACCAAUAACACCCCUGUGGCCAUUCUUGGUGCUCGUGAAUACAUUUUCUCGGAGAACAUUGGUGUUCUCGGUGACGUUGCAGCUGGAAAGGAACAGACAUUCGGUACCCUCUUCGCUCGUACGCUUGCUCAGAUCGGCGGCAAACUCCACUAUGGCCAUCCUGAUUUCCUCAAUGGUGUUUUCAUGACAACUCGUGGUGGUAUCUCUAAGGCUCAGAAAGGUCUGCAUCUGAACGAAGAUAUUUAUGCCGGUAUGAAUGCCAUGAUCCGUGGUGGUCGCAUCAAGCACUGCGAGUACUACCAGUGUGGUAAAGGUCGUGAUCUUGGUUUUGGCUCCAUUCUGAACUUCACAACCAAGAUCGGCACUGGUAUGGGUGAACAGAUGUUGUCUCGAGAGUACUACUAUCUCGGCACUCAACUUCCCCUUGACCGCUUCUUGUCAUUCUACUAUGCUCACCCUGGCUUCCAUAUCAACAACAUGUUCAUCAUGUUGUCGGUGCAGAUGUUCAUGAUUGUCCUGGUCAACCUGGGAGCCCUGAAGCAUGAGACCAUUAUGUGCCGUUUCAACUCUGACUUGCCCAUGACCGAUCCUCUCCGACCAACCUAUUGUGCCAAUCUUCUCCCGAUUGUGGACUGGGUCAACAGAUGUAUCAUCUCAAUUUUCAUCGUCUUCUUCAUCUCCUUCGUCCCCCUGGCUGUCCAGGAAUUGACGGAGAGAGGCGUUUGGCGUAUGGCCAUGCGUCUAGCGAAGCAUUUCGGCUCGGUCUCAUUCAUGUUCGAGGUGUUUGUCUGCCAGAUCUAUGCGAAUGCUGUCCAUCAGAACUUGUCUUUCGGCGGUGCGCGCUAUAUUGGUACCGGCCGUGGCUUUGCCACAGCUCGCAUUCCUUUCGGUGUCUUGUAUUCGCGUUUCGCUGGUCCCUCGAUCUACGCUGGUUCACGCUUGCUUCUGAUGCUUCUGUUUGCGACAUCCACCGUUUGGACUGCGUCUCUCAUCUGGUUCUGGGUGUCAUUGCUCGCUCUUUGCAUUUCCCCAUUCCUGUUCAAUCCUCACCAAUUUGCCUGGAAUGACUUUUUCAUCGACUAUCGUGACUAUCUCCGAUGGCUUUCUCGUGGUAACUCGCGUUCCCAUGCGUCGUCGUGGAUUGGAUUCUGCCGGUUGUCCCGUACUCGGAUCACUGGUUACAAGCGCAAGCUUCUCGGUGUUCCUUCCGAAAAAGGAUCCGCUGAUGUGCCCAGAGCCCGUAUCACGAACAUCUUUUUCAGUGAAAUUGUUGCACCCUUGAUCAUGGUUGGUGUGACUCUGGUUCCGUACCUUUACAUCAACUCCCGGACGGGUAAGACCGAUAAGAACGAGGAAGCGUCAGAUGCGAUUCUCCGUAUCGCGAUUGUUGCCCUUGGGCCCAUCGGCAUCAAUGCUGGUGUUGCCGGAGCUUUCUUCGGCAUGGCCUGCUGUAUGGGACCGAUCUUCAGCAUGUGCUGCAAGAAGUUUGGCGCUGUCCUUGCCGCCAUCGCUCACGCUGUCGCUGUCAUUGUGCUGCUUGCUAUCUUCGAAGUCAUGUUCUUCCUCGAAGGCUGGUCCUGGCCCAGAAUGCUCAUGGGCAUGAUCGCUGCCGCUGCCAUUCAGCGUUUCAUCUACAAGCUCAUCAUUGCACUGGCUCUGACCCGUGAAUUCAAAAACGAUCAAUCUAACAUUGCUUGGUGGACGGGCAAAUGGUACAGCAUGGGUUGGCACACGCUUUCUCAACCCGGCCGUGAGUUCCUUUGCAAGAUCACAGAGUUGGGUUACUUCUCCGCGGACUUCGUCCUCGGUCACCUUCUCUUGUUCAUCAUGCUGCCUGCUUUGUGUGUGCCAUUUAUCGACAAGUUCCACUCGGUUAUGCUUUUCUGGUUGCGACCAAGUCGCCAAAUUCGUCCUCCUAUCUACUCCUUGAAGCAGUCGAAGCUCCGGAAGAGAAGAGUCAUUCGCUUCGCCAUUCUUUACUUCGCGAUGCUUAUUCUAUUCCUCAUCCUGCUCAUUGUGCCACUUGUGGCCCGUUCCAUGGGUCUGGCGAACAACUUCUCAAUUCCCAUCUCUGGCCUGAUGCAGCCUCUCGACAAGGACAACAACGAUACCAAGGCGUACUACACUGGCAACAAUGUUCCGCCUGGUUUUGAGCCGGUCAUUUCGUCUUCAGCCUCGGCCACUGCUAAAUAG